UGUGUUGCUUCGUUCUUUUAUUAAUUUCCUCCAACAAAAAACAACAAUUUCUUUUACAAUUCAUAAGUUAUUUUUGGAAUAACCGAAUAACCCGUUCAUUUUUGUAUGUUUUUUGUUAAAGAAAAUAUUCAAUUAAUAAUUGAAUAUACAACGCGACCAACGCCAAAUGUCAAAAAAGCGGAAGAGAUGGGUGACGAAUUGAAAUCGAAACAAUUAAAAUGCUCUGCUCUACCCCAAAAAAAAAAAAGAGAAAAAAAAAAUCUGGGUUGUAACCCUAAAUCUGUUGUAAAAUCAUCGUUUUGAUAACACCAAUUACAGGGUAAAUAUGAAGGAGCUGAAGACGAACAUUCGGAAUUUCAAGAAGAAAUUGUCCGCUUCUCCGUCCAAGGGUUUAAAUUAUCAACAGAAGCAAGCUAAGAGGGGAAACAUUAAGUCAUCAGUACUUCGUCAGGCUGAGGAGCUUCGCUCUAGAUUAGAGGCAAUAUAUCCUAGCUUCACAAAACCUUUGUUGAAGUCCCAUGUUGCUGGUUGUUUUUGGAUGGGGCUCCCUAAUCCUUUUUGCAAGAUGUAUUUACCACAAAGGGAGACUUAUUUCACCCUGGAAGAUGAAAAUGGUAACAAAUACGGAGCAAAAUAUCUUGCAGCGAAGACAGCAUUCAGUGGUGGGUGGAGAAGAUUUUCUUUAGCCAAAAAACUGUCAGAAGGCGAUGUCCUGGUAUUCCAGUUAGUAAAGCCUACCAAAUUUAAGGUGUACAUAUUAAGAAAAUGUAACGUGACAGAGAAAACUGUAACUCGUGUUAUACAAAAUCUCCCAACUGAAGUUGUACGAAAUGAUCAAGAAGUGGGCACCCUUGAGCAGGCUAUUGAAGCACAGCGACCCUCUUCUCUGUCAGCAAUAGCUCAAGAUAAAGACCAAGAGGCCCCCUCUAAAGAACAUCCUCAAAUUUUGCAGCAGGAAAAAACUUCAGAAAUAGAGAGAACUGAAUUAAAUUCAGGAAAAUCCAAACAUCUUCUAUUUUCUGCUUCUGUUGAUGGCAACGGUAUAGCAAGCUUUGAAGAGUUCCUCAUUGUAAUAGAUGAUUUUCUGAAGAAUAAGUACGACCUUCCUCAUAAUAUCAAGUGUAGCUACUACGAAUUUUGUUGCAGUCAGGGUGCAUUGCUCCAUAAUAAUAAUCUCAUGAAGGGAAUUAAUCCUGUUCUGGUAGCUGGAAGCAUCAUCGAGACUGUCAACGUUGCUACUGCAAUAAAAAGCUGUAAUCUCCAAACCUUUAAUGAUGAAUUUUCUGUAUGGCAUGUGAAACUGAAGUCCCUUAAAAUUCUUGGAAUGAAAGUUGAAUUUUUGGUCAGUCGUUUAGAACAUCUUCAAAGGGCUGCCUCUGACGCCGAAGCUGCCAAGAACAAGCAGCAAUAUUUGGAUCUGUGUUCGGAGCAUGAUGUCUCUGAAAGUGAGAUAAAAGAUGUUGAAGAGAAAAUCCGCGAAUUAGUUAGUGUUUUUGAUAAGUGUUUUGAUGAAAUCGAGGGGCUAAAAUUAGAGAUUGAGAACCACGAGUCCAGGUUUCAGAAACAGGUUAGUGCUCUUACUUUCUAAUCUCUAGUCUCGACUAGUUAUGUUAAUUAUAUGCAGUCAAUCUCAUUUUGUAUGUUUUCCGAGUGUAGCAAAGAGUUUAGUUUUUGGUAACAUCUGUGCAUUUUGGUUUUCUGAGUAAUCUUCUCAGCUUUUGUAAGUAGGUGUUAUUAUUUAGGUGAUAUAUUUAGAAAUUAGCUUAAUAUUAUGAAAUUCACUUAGUCUAGGAGAACAAAUUAGAACUAGAGAAAGUGAUUUGAUGGUAACAUUGUAAUAUGGAAAAGCUGUAAUCGCCUGAGUCGUGUAAUAUUAUUAAGUGGACAGACAUAUUUGAGGUUAAAGAACUGCACUUCUGUAUAUAUAGAUAAAUACUGAAUGAAGUAUGUAUCUUAUUUUCUAGUA